AUGGUCCGUCAACGUGCUGAGGAUCUUCUGGAAGAAAUAGAUGCCAAGUCGAAUGCCACACUAGACGAUUUAAAUGCUUUAAUUGCAACUGCUACCGCUGAACAAAAUCAACUGGACGACGUUGUAGACUUCUCAAGAAAGCUCAUAAACCAUGGGAACGACAUGGAUGUCCUGCAAAUGGCAUCCGCCUGUGAGCAAAGCAGCGAGAGCGUCCAGAAUCUCGACAUCCCGACCCUUCCCGCUGCUAUGACCCAAAUACAGCUUAUCACCAACGCCAUGGGGGAGUGCGUUACCAAUAUCAAUCGUUGCCUAGGAGACUUGGUUCCCACUGUGAGUGGAAGACUGGUGACAUCAUUCAUAAUAAAGCUAUCCAAGACUCCUGAGGAGGUGAUCGGUCACGUGACCACUGAUACAAAUGGUGACAUCCUUAUUGGUAUUUGGUGUAUUGAGGACCUUUCACGGAAUAGAAUCCACAUCUACGAUACAACCUUUGUCCUACAGGGCACAAUUCCAAGCCCAAGAGCAGCAGAAAAGCACGCCUUUGGAGGAAUUGCCGUUGAUGGUGACGGUAACAUCGUCACUAGAUGUCAGGGGUCAAAUGAAAUCAUUGUCUACACCAAGACAGGGGACCAGGUGAGAACAUUCCACAGUGAGUUACCAGAGGCAGUAGCGGUCAACAGCAAGGGUCAUUAUGUGGUGGCUGGUCGUUAUACUCUGACUGUGCACCACAAGGAUGGCAAGGUCCUGCGGACGACACCAGACCCAGAGGGUGAAUAUGUCAAGCGAAUCCAAUGUAACGUAAAUGAUGACGUCAUCGUCACAGAUCCAGGAGAUGAUCACAUCCGUGUAUACGAUUCCACCCUCCAGCUUAAAUACAGAUAUGGUACCAAGGGUGAUGGGGGCGGACAGGUGAACGGUCCACGCGGCACAUGCUGCUUGGAUAAUGGAGACAUAAUUCUAGCAGACCUCAAGAACCAUCGUCUACACCUGCUGUCACCAGAUGGGAAAUUCAAGCAGUUCCUUUUAAGCAAAGACAAUGGACUCCUCUAUCCGAGGGGAGUUACUAUAAAUCUUGGAAAACUGGUCGUUGCAGAACAGAGAGGCGAGAUUAAAUUUUUUGAAUUAUGA